GUAGUGAAUCAUGGCCGCCGGUGAAGCAGUCGUGGUGGGUGUGCGCGUGAGGCCUUUCAAUGACCGCGAACAAAAUCUUGAUGCAGUGCUUUGCAUUGACAUGGAAGGCCCUACCACCCGGAUCCGAAACAUUGACACUGGAGACGAGAAAACGUUCACUUUCGACGAAUCUUUUUGGAGUCAUGAUGGUUUCGAAGAUGAUGGAACUGGAUACUUGCGGCCUGUGCCUGGCAGCAAGUAUGCUGACCAGAGGUAUGUGUUUGACACCUUUGGCCAAAGAGUUCUUGACAACGCAUGGAAUGGGUUCCAUUGCUGUCUUUUUGCAUAUGGCCAAACAGGAGCUGGCAAAAGCUACUCCAUGGUAGGCUAUGGUUACAACAAAGGCAUUGUCCCGAUCUCUUGUGAGGAGAUCUUUAGCCGGAUUGGCAAUGAGAAAGACCCGGAGAAACGGUACGAGGUGACUGUGUCCAUGAUUGAGAUCUACAACGAGGCGAUCCAAGAUCUGCUGAUCGAUGUGGGGCUUAGACCGAAGAAAGGAUUGGAAGUCCGAGAGUCGAAGGCUCUUGGCAUCUACAUAGAUGGGGUAAUCAAAAGACCCGUGGAGAACUACGAGGCAAUCGAGACGACCAUUGAGGAAGCCACCAACCAUCGAACAGUAGGAUCUACUCUGAUGAAUGCAACCUCCAGUCGUGCACAUACAGUGCAGAUCAUCGAGUUCAAGGCGGUGACAAAUGGCUCUGCUACUGUGUCCAUGAUCAACUUGGUUGACCUUGCUGGCAGUGAGAAGGCUGCACAGACUGGUGCGACUGGAGACCGCUUGAAGGAAGGGUCGAUGAUCAACAAAUCGUUGAGCGCAUUGGGAAAUGUGAUUGAAAAGCUGGCUGAUAGAGGAUCUGAGAAGAAGAAGAAUGUCUUGAUACCUUACAGAGAUUCAAAGCUCACACGGCUUCUGCAGAACGCAUUGGGCGGGUCUAGCAAGACCAUCAUGAUUUGCGCUCUUUCUCCUGCAUCUUCCAAUCAUGAAGAAACGCUGUCGACAUUGCGGUAUGCUGAUCGGGCAAAGAAGAUCAAGAAUGUUGCUGUUCCGAAUGAGAACCCUCAGGAGCGUCUUAUGCGCGAGCUGCGAGAAGAGAACGAAAAGCUGCGGAAGAUGUUUGAAGCGAUGCAAGGUGGCGUCAUGCCGGAUGCAGACUCCAUCAAGGAGAUGGGAUUAGCACAGCAAGAGAUUGCUGCCAUGGAAGGGGCGCUAGCGGAGUUUAAUAAGAGUUGGGAGGAGAAGGUGGCAGAGUCUAGAGAACAACAGGAGGCAGCGCGGCUACGGCGCUCCUCCAUCACUCCAGGCUUUUCAAGUCUUCAGCCGAUGAUGGUGAACUUGAACGAGGACAAGACUCUUGCAGGCCGCGUGAGGUUUGUCUUCAGUCCCGGCCGAAACCUCAUUGGUGGUGCAGGUGAUGAGAGCGAUUCAGACAGCUCAAGCAGUGAGAGUGAAAGCGAAGAUCAGAGCUCCAGCAGCUCAGAUUGGGAGAGCUCGAAGAGUAAGGAGGCACAGACCAUCGAGGAGGAUGAGCAACCGACCAUUUUGCUGGGCGAAGGUGUAGCGUGGCACCAUGCUGUUGUGUUCAAUGACAUGGAUCUAUGCUCCAUCUAUGCAGCCAGCGAAGAGGGCUUACAGUCGACCUUCGUGAAUGGCAAGUCGUUGAAGCAACUCUUCCGUGCCCAAGGUAUCGAGGAGAAGAAGGGGAUUUGCAGACAAGUGGAGAAGCCCAAAGUCACGGGCAUCGAGCUGUCGCACGCUGAUACACUGGUCUUUGGCAGGCACUUCUUUGUGUUCGUCGACCAUACAGUGUGUGCGCCCGAAAUCCUUAUUGCCAGCGGGCAGGUAGACUAUGCUCAAGCUAAACGGGAAUGGCAGAUGGAGCAGCUGACGGGCGUGCACGAGUCUUUGAUCGUGGCGACCCGUGGUGGGGUCUUGGGUGUGUCCCAUGUGGCGGAGUUGGCGGAGAAGGAUGAGAUCAUCGAGGAACAAAAAGCGGAGAUUUCCGAGCUGAAGCAACAGCUGGCAGCCACUAAAGCAGAGCUUGACCGUUACAAGAAGAUGGCAGGUGGCCGUAUUGCAGCUGGAGCCAAUCUCCUUGGGGAGAUGUAUGCAGACGACUUGCUAGAGGGCGAGAUGGAUAAGAUCUCAUUUUCCAUACGGAAGACCUUUACUGAAGCCAUCGAGCAGAUGAAUGACGUCCAAGCAAUCUUUACGAAGAAAGCAAUGCUGCGGGAUUGGAAGGAAGGUGUGUUGCCUGAAUUGGAAACACUGCCCCGAUCUAUUCUCAGGGACCAGGGGGAACAAGGAGGUUCAAGACGAUCGAACACACACAUCAGUUUCGCUGACUCAACUCACUCAUGAGCGGCUGAUCCGAUGAGCCCAACGUUCAGCGCAACUGAUGCUGUGACUUCGUACUAGAGUUACUAGACAGUUACUAGACUUCACCUCUGAAACAGCCUGAAACCUCUCAUCUUAAAGCGAUGCACAUGUUUUUACCUGGGUGAUCUGGGUGCCUUGCAGUCCUUUCAGUUCUUACAGUCCUUGCUCAGAAAUUGGGCAGAUCUCAAGAGAUAUUGCCUCUGACGAGGAGCAACCCUCAAAACUACCGGAAGGGACUGGAGAUG